AUGGAAGGAUUCGGCUAUUACACGCUGCCGAUGGGCACCGAGUACCGGGGCUCGCUGUGGGACGGGAUGUUCCACGGGCAGGGCGAGCUGCGGCGCCCCACAGGCGGCGCGUACCGGGCGCUCUGGGACCGCGGGCUGCCCACGCAGGGGAAAUACACUUUUACAGAUGGUCUCGAAUACGAGCAGGAAAAAUGGCUUUACUGCGACGGCUACGACAGAAGAUUCUAUACAGAAAUCUGCUCUGGCUUUAAACCACCAGGCAUUGCUCAGCUUACAAAUCUGGAUCCUCCCAAAAUAAUCCCAAAAGGUUGUUAUGACUGUGGUGAUGGAUUCUAUAACCCCAAAACCAGAAUAGUUGUUGACUACAAACGCAAGUUUCUGAGAAAUGCAGACGAUGAUGAGCACGAAUGGAUCCUUCGGACCUGCCGGAAAGCCUGGGACUUAAUGGAUGAGCAGGAACCAAAACCAUCCCAGAGCCUCUCCUAGACAGUAUUCCAGCAAAGCAGGUGAUCUGAUUCACAAUAAAUGCAAUUUGUCCUCGUGGAUUUGUCUCACCCUUUCCCUCGACAGGAAUAUAAUCUUUCUGUCAUCUUUGUCAGCUCAAAGAAAAAUGGAAAUAAUCAUUU